CUGGUCUAUCAAAACUAAUAGCUACCAAGUUUGUAAAGGCUUUUUAUGUUUUUUUGCUUAGCAACACUUUACAGAUAUCCUCUAUUUCUACAUCUGUAGUAACAUUAGUUUACUACACGUGCCCUAACCACCCCAGAUCUAUUAUAGUUGUUCUAACAUUUCAUUCGAUAAACUCUCCACAAUUUCCAACCAAUAGACAUGCUUAUCUGAAGUUUGGAAUGUUUCCAUUACACAGUUUACUGGAGUUUAGAAUGUUCCCAUGACAUAGUUCAUUAAGUGUUUAUCUUUUUUGUUCAUCUAUGAGGGCACUAAUUUUCAUUGCCUUGCAAGGUGUUUGCACUUUUCCAAUUUUCUUGUCGCUGCUGUUGUCCAUUAACUCAUAUUUCUGGACUUCUAUGUUAGUAAAAUGAUUAAUGUUUCAAUUUUGAUGCCUGCAUAAUGUAUCAGGAUAAAAUACAGCAUUAGUAUUGUUGCUGACAAGGGUCUGAAAAAGCCUCUCUAUACUUGUACACGUUUGAAGAAGGGGGAAGUUCUAUAUUUAGAAACACAUUCAUGCAGGAGAGAAAAUGGGAAAGUGACACAGGCUUCUCACUCAGGUGCAUGAAGAGACAGAUAAGUUCCACAGUCACCACCCACAUUCCUCAAACGGUGAGAAGCAGGACUGUGAUAAUGUUCUUUUUGAUGUAUUCCGGUGGUCACGCUGUAAGAAACCACAACCACAGAAGGUCAUGCAGUCAGUUGGGAUCCCAUUGGAACAUGUUGAGGUGUUGGAGGAGAAUCUUGACUGGGAGGAUGUGCAAUGGUCAUAAACUGGUGUUUGGAUUGCUGGAAAAGAACACGCACUUGCUAGGUUUAUAAAAAAUCGACUGGACUACUCUAUCCGUACCAGAGUAUUUGAGCAACCAAAACAGAAGCACUGGAACUUUGAAUAUUGGGAAAUCUGGCAUUUCUUCCAUGUAUAUAAAUCCAUUACAAGCAAUCUAAUGACAAAAAGGAAAGCAUCUUUCUGCAAUUUCUAUUUCGAUUGA